GUCGCAGUGACAGUAUGAAGAGCAUGAUGUCUGGAGGUGGAAGUAGCUCCAUGUCUGGGGGAACCAGCAUGGUGAUGUCGGGGGGGAAGCCCGGGAAGUGGCAGACGGUCCAGAGUCACAUGCAGACCGGAGGACUCAGACCCAAAAGCUUUGGGGAUUCAGUAGGGGCUCUGUCCUCUGCUUCCACCCUGGAUCCCAUCCCCUCUGCUGGGACGCUGGCCCGGCCACGCACCCUGCUACGCCAGCAGAGUCUCCAGCAGCCUCUCAUCCACCCACCCGUCCCAAGCCUCCUCACCCACCUACCACCCACCUCCUCCCAGAGCCUGGGUCAGAUACACCAGGUUCCCCCACUGGGGCCCAGCCAGCCAGGGGGAGGCGUGGGCAGUGGGGGAGGAUGUGGAGGAACGCAACGAGGCCCCAGGGGGGUGCGAGGGAGCCCGGCGGGGGCAGGCGCCUCACGGUACAGGGGAGGAGGAGGAAGAGGUAACCCUGGGUCCUGGGAUCACAUGAUGGGCCAGUUGAAAAACAGAGGCCUGGAUGCCAAGUCCUUCCUCGAAGGGAAGAUUGUGGUUCUGUCUUUGGCUAUUGGUUUGGCUGAGCAAGAUGACUUUGCCAAUAUCCCUGAUCCAAUCACCUCCAUGCAGGAAGCACCACCAGCCAAUCAGGAAGCACUUCCUCCUCCACCUGACAAGAGGGGCGUGGGCAACAAGCCAUGCAACAGUCCCAAGGGCCACCCCCCCGACGGACAUUCCUCAGUCACCGAUCUGGCCAACUCUCUCACCGGAGACAUGGUCAUGCUGUCCCCGGGAUCAGAGGAUGACGAUGGUGAAGGUGCUGUCAGUGAGAAGCUGGGACGGAUCCAGUUCUCUGUUGGUUACAGCUUCCAGGACUCCACUCUGACCGUCAAGAUCCUAAAGGGCCAGGAGCUACCAGCCAAGGACUUCUCUGGGACCUCUGACCCCUUCGUCAAAAUCUACCUGCUGCCUGACAAGAAGCACAAACUGGAGACCAAGAUCAAGAGGAAGAACCUCAACCCUCACUGGAACGAGACCUUCCUGUUCGAAGGUUUCCCAUACGAGAAAGUGAGGGAGAGGACUCUGUACCUGCAGGUGUUGGACUUUGACCGGUUCAGUCGCAACGACCCCAUCGGGGAGGUUUCCAUCCCUCUCAACAAGCUCAGUGACCUGGGACACAUGCAGACCUUCUGGAAGGAACUCAAACCCUGCAUGGAUGGAGCUGGGAGGCGAGGGGACCUGCUGGUGUCUCUGUGCUAUAACCCAACAGCCAACACCAUCACUGUGAACAUCAUCAAAGCACGCAAUCUCAAAGCCAUGGACAUAGGAGGAACAUCGG